UGAUGAACUUGUACAAGACUUACUGCUACGGUCAGGUUGAGGUUCCCGAAGAAGAGAGGUUCCUGCGACUGAAGCGAGAACUCUUCGAUACAAUCAAGCUUCCAGUAAUGUGGCAGACCCCAGACACUGCCGGACUUCAGGCUGUAACCUUCCCGAAGCUCUUCAAGGCCCCAGCUUCGGACAGCUUGCACCUUAUCGUCAUGGUAAACGGUCUGUACGGAUGCUCGACUGACCUGAGACUCUUCCGCACGUUCCUGGAGCUUUCCCAGCCUUGCGCCAAUCUUCGCUUCCUCAUGUCCAGAGUAAACGAGCGCGAGGAGACAUUCAAUGACUUCGACACCCUCGGCAUGAGGCUCGCCAGCGAAGUGGCGGACCACGUCCGUGUACACUCCAGAAAGCCAUCCAGAAUCAGUUUUGUCGGCUUCUCGAUGGGGAAUAUCAUCGUCCGAGCCGCCCUGAUGAAGACGGAGCUCCAACCGUUGCACCGCUACCUCCACACGUUUCUGUCGCUGAGCGGGCCCCACAUGGGAACCGUCUACAACACUUCCAUGAUCAUCAAUCUAGGCAUGUGGUACCUUCGAAGGUAUGACAACACAGAUUCCAUCAAGCAGAUGGCCCUCAAGGACAGCGAUAACAUCCGAAACACUUUCCUGUACCGUCUCAGCCAGGACAGAGGACUGACAAAAUUCAAGAACGUGCUGCUCCUCGGGUCCGCUGAGGACUACAUCGUGCCGCUGCACUCUGCCCAUGUCAAGCUCACCAAAGCUAUCGUGAAAGACAACACACCAAUGGGCGCAGCCUACCGGGAGAUGAGUCGCAACAUUCUCAAGCCUCUGCUCGAGAAGCAAGGGACGACAGUCAUCCGCUACCUGGUGCACUUGCCGUUCAAGAGCUCCAUCUUGUCUUCCAACAUUCACACCGCUCCUCUGGACAACGAGAUCCUGGUACAGAAGUUGGUGUUCAUCGCAUGUGUCAAGCAUCUUAUCUGA